AUGCCAUUCAGGUUCUCGGAACUCUCCAAGAGAGGUAAGUCCAGAGGAACCACCUCUUUUGAAGCAGAUGCGAUCGCCGCCCCUCCUUCAUGGCCAGUGACUGCCGGUGGAUAUAGCAGUCACUACGACUUCCAUCCCAGUGGACCUCUUCCACCACCACCACCACCUCCUCCUCCUCCUCCACCGCCGCCGCGGCCGAUGGUGCCGGAUCGAGGAGACGCCUCCACGCCAGCCAGCAUCUGCUACGACAACGGCACGGGCAGGCUGCACGCCAGCUUCGUGCAGGAGCAGGGCCUGCCGGCGCACGUGCGCACGACCGAGCAGCUGGCCGCGUUCAUCCGGAGCCAGCGGCACAAUGGCGACAACAACAACGACAACAGGGACGGACACUGGGCUCCCUCGCCCGUCCGGUCCUCCUCCUCCUCGUCGUCGCAUUACUCCACGGACCACCGCUCGUCCGCCACGGCAUUCUAUCAUCACGUCCCAGGCUCGUACGAGCGCCUCCGCCCGGCGGCGGCGGCCUACGGCGCCAGAACAGCUGCAGACCCCGUCGUGGUGGCGGGCAUCCGGCACCGCUAUGGCGCGCGGCUGGUCGUGCGCCUCCUGCCCGGCGCGACGCGCGCACACGAGUACCAGGGCUUCUGGCUGGCACGCGGGACGAUGCGCAAGACAGGGUCCGAGACCAAGGGCUCCAAGAAGUCGUCGGCCCGAAAGAGUGGCCGGAGGGACAAUCAGGUAGAGUCUAGCGGUUGGUAUGAUGACUGA